UCCUACACUGAACUAAGGAGCAAACUUGGUGUAGAUACCUUCUUCUCCACAAGUUUGAGGGGGAAUGAGAGUGAUACAGACAUGGGUCGAACGAAGGAGAUUGAGAUGAAGGCCCAUCACGCUGAAACCCAACAAGAGAACCCUCUGUCUCCACAACGGUCACCUAAAGAAAGUAGAAAAACGACAAAACAAGUAAAGUGUACAACACAGGAGCUGAGACUCCAAUACCGUUUCGAUCCUAUCCAGUCUAUGUGUGAUGUAUAGCUCCCUUUCCAGCUGUGUGUCCACCUGUAGUAAUAAGGAUGCCAGAUUAUUCCAAUGGGUCCUUAUAUAGCUAAAUCAUUGUAAACGUUUGAGGUUAAGUUGAAAGUAUACAGUUUUCACAAUAUCUCUGUCUAAUUCUUUCACUUUCAUAAAAAUGUUAAUAACUCUUUUAGUCGGUUUUUUUGUCCGAAAAUGUUUAUAGCUUAAAUUGAUCGUAUCUUCAAAUUUAUUUUAUAUAUUUUAUGUUACAGUAACUGAUAGGUUAAUAAAAUAGUAUAUAAACUGGUGCGGAGUCAAAAUAGAUCUUUUUAGGCUUUUAGCUCGGGACAUUUGCAAAAGUUGCCGUUUUUUUGUUUUUUUUUAUUUUUUUAAAACAGCUUUGUUUCCAUUUUGUCAAAAUCUUGAGGGAAAAUGACAAAAUAAGUAACCAAAUUGGUCAAAUCUGAAGAUAUUCUUCGAAGAAAGAAGAUGAAAAGGUCAAAGUUAUAGCCUGAUUUCUUGGGACCUUCUGAGUGAGACAAAAAAGGGACAAGUCAUAUGAUAUAACAAAGGAGACACCUUUCUCUUUCAUUUUGCUGAUCUCACUCUUACGUUAAGAAGACAACUUUUCUUGUCUAGUCACCAGAAAAUCUUGAAAGGUACGAAACUUGAUGAAUAUACUACACUGACAAGAGCUUUCGUGUAGUGUGUGAAUGUGAUGAUGAGUUUCGAUGGUUUGAAUAGUACAAACAGUGAUAAUACAAAAUAUAUGUCGAUUCUUGCACUAUCUUAUCUUAUGUCCUGCCAUUGGUGACUUCUUUUUCAGUCUAUAACUUAUUGUUUUGGUCCUUUUUAUCUUCUGUUGCAGAGAGUGAAAAAAUGAAUGGUGAUUUUGAUAUUUCUAAAGGAGAUGAUGAGUUUGAGAGUGAUAGCUUCGAAGCAAUGUCUGGCGAUGAUGAUGAUAAACAUGAACAACGCCCUAAAAAGAAGAAGAAGAAGAUGUCAAAGUACCGUAGACACACUUCUUACCAGAUUCAAGAACUCGAAUCUUUCUUCAAAGUGUGUCCUCAUCCUAAUGAGAAGCAAAGGCUUGAACUUGGAAGCAAACUUUCUUUGGAGGGUAAGCAAAUCAAGUUUUGGUUUCAGAACAGAAGAACACAAAUGAAGACGCAACUAGAGAGGCAUGAGAAUGCGAUUCUCAGACAAGAGAAUGAAAAACUGCGUGUGGAAAACGGUAUCCUUAAAGAAGCAAUGAGAAGUCCUCCUACAUGCAACAACUGUGGUGGAGCAGCUACACCUGGUGAGGUCUCACAUGAGCAGCAGCAGCUUAGGAUGGAGAACGCUAAGCUUAAGUACGAGCUCGACAAGCUUUGCGCUUUAGCAAACAGAUUCAUUGGCGGUUCUAUCUCACUCGAGCAGCCUUCAAACGGUGGGGUUGCCUCACAGGAUUUGUCUUUAGGACAUGGUUUCACCAGAGGUAGUUCGACCUUUAUGGAUAUUGCCGCGGUGGCUAUGGAUGAGGUGAUAAGGCUAGCUGAAGUGGAUAAUCCUUUAUGGACAAAAUGUUCAAAGAGCGAGAGGGAUUCAAUGAAGCACGACCAGUAUACAAGCAUUUUUGCGGGAAGUAAGCAUCCAGGUUUUGCAGCUGAAGGUUCAAGAGAAACUGGUUUAGUUCUCAUCAAUAGCUUGACUCUAGUGGAAACUCUAAUGGACACGAACCAAUGGGCAGAGAUGUUUGAGUGUAUUGUAGCUGUUGCAUCAACCGUUGAAGUGAUAUCUAACGGUAGUGGUGGAUCUAGAAACGGCGCUCUUCAGUUGAUGCAAGCAGAGUUUCAAGUGAUGUCUCCAUUGGUUCCAAUCAGACAAGUAAAGUUUCUUAGGUAUUGCAAGCAACAUGGAGAUGGUUUAUGGGCGGUAGUGGAUGUUUCUUAUGAUGUAAACAGAGAAAGUCAGGACUUGAAGUCUUUUGGUGGCUUAAAGAGGCUUCCCUCAGGAUGCAUCAUACAAGACAUAGGCAAUGGUUGCUCCAAGGUGACGUGGACUGAACAUUCAGAGUAUGAAGGGAGUCAUAUCCAUCCUCUUUACCAACAAUUGCUCGGUUCUUCGGUUGGGUUAGGUGCAACCAAAUGGCUUGCAACUCUGCAGAGACGAUGUGAAAGCUACACAACCCUUUCGUCUUCUCCAGACCAAACAGAUUUGUCACUUGCUGGCACCAAGAGCACACUAACACUCGCACAGCGUAUGAGGAGCAACUUCUAUUCAGGCAUAACUGCAUCGCCCAUUCACAAAUGGGAGAAGCUUGUCGCUGAGAACGUAGGGCAGGACACAAGGAUACUGACCAGGAAGAGCCUUCAGCCUUCUGGCGUUGUCUUAAGCGCUGCAACGUCUAUGUGGCUACCGGUGACUCAGCAGAGACUGUUUGAGUUUCUGUGUGAUGGUAAAUGCAGAAACCAGUGGGAUAUUUUGUGUAAUGGUGCUUCAAUGGAAAACAUGCUUCUCAUCCCACAAAGGCAAAGUGAAGGAAGAUGCAUCUCUCUUCUUCAACCUGCCGGAAAGCAUCAAAAUGAGAGCAGUAUGCUAAUCCUGCAAGAGACAUGGAGUGAUGCUUCUGGUGCGCUUGUGGUUUAUGCGCCCGUCGAUGUGCCAUCUAUGAACAUGGUAAUGAGCGGUGGAGACUCAGCUAACGUUGCACUUCUUCCAUCGGGGUUCUCUAUAUCGCCUGAUGGGUCAUCAUGGUCGGAUCAGAUCGAUACCAAUGGACGUUUGGUGAACCAUGAAAGCAAAGGAUGUCUCCUGACAGUAGGGUUUCAGAUCUUAGUGAACAGCGUACCGACCACAAAACUCAACAUGGAAUCUGUUCAAACUGUGAACAACCUCAUCGCUUGCACCAUUCACAAGAUCAAAGCCGCUCUUAGUAUACCUGCUUAGCUAAAUUUCUAGAGACUUAUUCUUGUUUCUCUUUCUGGAAUAUUUUGUGAGAGAGUAGAAGACAAUAGAAAUUCAGUAAACUUUGAGACAAGUAGUAAGUAGAACAAACAAACAAACAAACAAACAAAUGGGCCAAAGUCGUGCAAAACUGAUUCUUUGUUUUGUUACUGGCAUUUUCCUCCGAAUACAUGAAAAAGAUUCAGAAAUUCCAUCUCAAGAAACAUAUAAGACACCACGCCGAUAGAAAACAAGACUUGCAGAAGCAAAAGCCGACCAAACAAAAAGAACCCACCAA